GUACUGACCUCCUGACUCUGCCGCCGCUGUCGCCAUUCGAGCCGAGCGCCCCUCCCCACACUGGCUCUGUUCCGUACUGACAGGGCGUCCCUCCCUAAAAGGGUGCCCUUCCACGUCAAAGCCCCUCAUCAAUGUCAGGCCUCCUGUUACUAUCAAUGACUGUCUCCCCCAACCCCAUGCCCCAAAAACCCAUACUGUGAAUAGCCUAUAUGAAGAGAACUAAAUAAUCCUGCCUGUUACUCCCUUCCUCCGAGCCAGGACUUUGCCAACUGUCUGAAGAAUCUUCUCUGCUGGGAGUGUAUCUCAAACAUUUUAAGCAGAGGUGUAGGAUGCAGGCUGUAAAUGAGAAGAGGGGGAGAUUCCUAGAAGCUGCCUGUCACAGAGGAGGGACUUGGUCAGGGACUGGAUCUGGAGACCCCAGGCCCCUGCUGGCAAGAGGUUGGCAUUCCUGGAACAGGACUAGACAAAAACAGGAAGGUAAGAUUCAUUGGGCCUUUUACCUGUUUUGACAACAGUAACCUAGCACCAAAGAGCUUUUAUCUUCCCUCCUUAUCUACCCCACCUUUCCUCCUUGUCUCAUCAUCCUGGGGAAAGCUGCCACACCUCAGCAUCUCCAAAGCACCCUCAAUAUUACCAAAAAGGGCCUUCCCCCAGCUUCUCUGAAUGUGGCUGGCCUCAGCCAAGACCCAUCCUCAGCCAGAAGAGCCUGCUCUAGGAACGCAUUCCCAUCAGUUUCUCCUGAUAAGACAGUCAGGUCAGGCCAGGAAGUGGGGAGGAGAAGAUGAAGGCAAGCUGGUGCUCGCCUGCCCGCUGCUCCCACCCCACCCAGAACUCCCCUAUCAGAAUCUGUGUGUGCUAGUGUGAAUUUGCUUGUGAUUGGAUGACUGUGAAAACACAACUGGGUGGGAUUGGGACUUUGAGUAUACCUGGGGCUAUAUAAUUUUGUCUAUGGUUGUCUGAUCACGAGUAUGACUUUGUGAGGUUGAUCGAGUGAUUGAGGAGUGACUUCGAAUGUGUGGCUAUGCAUAUUUGAGUGUGAAUGUCUAUCAUUAGAGGUUGCUGUGGAUGCUUGACUGCCCUUACUCACUGUUCUAUCAGUCCCUACAUCACACACUAAUCCUUCCCUCAGCUUCACUGCCCAGAGCUUAGGAACACAUGGGAAAUGGCUGUCCUAGAUGAGGAAGGAAUCUGUGGCAACAGACCAAGAAUUAGGGCCCAGGAAUGUCACAGGAUACACAAUACAUCUCCAACCACCUCUGACUCACCUAGUGCCCCAGGUAAAAGGCACCCAGAUAAAAGGUAGGGGAGGAGGAGAGAGAGAGAAGGAAGAGUCUAGGCUGAGCAAACAUGAAGGGGCCCUCAACCUUCUGCAGUCUCCUGCUCCUGUCAUUGCUCCUGAGCCCAGACCCUACAGCAGCAUUCCUACUGCCACCCAGCACUGCCUGCUGUACUCAGCUCUACCGAAAACCACUCUCAUACAAGCUACUGAGGAAGGUCAUCCGGGUGGAACUGCAGGAGGCUGAUGGGGACUGUCAUCUCCAGGCUUUCGUGCUUCACCUGGCUCAACGCAGCAUCUGCAUCCACCCCCAGAACCCCAGCCUGUCACAGUGGUUUGAGCACCAAGAGAGAAAGCUCCACAGGACUCUGCCCAACCUGAAUUUUGGGAUGCUAAGGAAAAUGGGCUGAAGCCCCCAAUAGCCAAAUAAUAAAGCAGCAUUGGACAAUAA